AUGAAAAAUGAAAAACGAAAGAUUCAAAAGAAUCGAAAAUUAGUUGUUGUUGGUAAUGGUAUGACUGGUAAAACAUGCCUGUUGUAUGCAUUUAAAGAUGAUAAUUUUGUUUCAUCACAUCAAACAACUAUUUUUGAGACUUAUACUACCGAAAUUGAACUAGAAGGAAAAACUAUUAUUAUGUCUCUAUUCGAUACUCCCAGUCAAGACAAUUUUGCUCGUCUUCGUCCACUUGCAUAUCCUGAUACCAAUGUGGUAUUAAUAUGUUUUAGUAUUGACUGUCCAACAUCAACUAUGAAUGUUAUACAACAAUGGAAUCCAGAAGUACGUCAUUAUUGUGAUUCAUCUCCUGUCAUAUUAGUAGCUUGUAAAAUUGACUUGAGAAAGGUUACACAAACUAAUGAAAAUUAUAAGCAACAGAAUAAAACACUGAUAUCAACUGAAGAUGGACAACAACUGGCUGCACAAAUUGAAGCUGAUGCUUAUAUGGAAUGUUCAGCAAAAACUCGUGAAGGUAUAAAUGAUUUAUUCAUUCAUGCUACUCGUUUAUCACUCGCCAAACAAUCUUGUCUUGAAACCAGUCGAAAAUGUUUUCUAUUUUGA